GUUUAUAGUGGAUCGUCCGCUUCUCCAAGUCAUUGCGCCUCCGACAGCUCCUCCGUCGCGUUCUGUCGCUGUCUUCUUACUUACUUUCACCAUUUUUGCUCUCUCACAUUUUCAACGGAUCCCUCACCCUCUUCAGGUUAGAAGCGCUGGACCCAAGCUGCAUACCCGUACUCAUCCCCUGGUCACAAAAGAUACAGUAUCUGAGAGAUUGCUGUCUACAUCUGAUUCAACAUGUCCCUGAAAGUUCAGACGAGCAACAUCACCAACAAAAACGACCCGAAAUCCAUCAACUCGCGCGUGUUUAUCGGAAAUCUGAACACUGCCGUGGUGAAAAAAAGCGACGUAGAGACGAUCUUCUCCAAAUACGGCCGCGUCCUCGGCUGCUCGGUUCACAAAGGUUACGCCUUCGUCCAGUACGCCAAUGAGAGACACGCUCGUGGUGCAGUCAUCGGAGAAAACGGACGCGUGCUGGCUGGACAAACCCUCGAUAUUAACAUGGCAGGUGAACCCAAACCUAACAGGCCGAAAGGACUGAAGAGAAGUGCAGCAACAUUAUACAGCGGAUAUGAGUUUGACUAUGAUUACUACCGAGAGGACUUCUACGAUAGACUGUUUGAGUUCAGAGGCAGAGUAUCACCCGUGCCAAGGGCAGUUCCAGUAAAGCGCCCCCGUGUGGCCGUGCCAGUUGUACGCAGAGUGAAGUCAUUACCUGUGAAACUCCUGACCAGAUCAGCCAUCCUUCCCAACAGCUCUGUCAAACCCAAAUUGAAGUCUACCGAGCUUCAAGCCAUCAAAUCAGAACUGACUCAGAUCAAAUCCAACAUUGAUGCACUGCUGGGGCGUCUGGAGCAGAUCACAGAGGACAAAUAUUGCAUCAAAGAGUUGCAGAGGGCAGAUGAAAUGAAGAGUGAAUUAUCUCAGGACGAGUCGGGUUCAGAAUCAGAAGAGCUACAACACAGCGAUGCUGAAGAAGUUGAGGACCACACACACGAAGACGACGAUGACGACAUGGAAAACAAUCACAUAUCCGAAAUGGACCCCAUUCUUCAAUAAAAGCAGGGAGUUGGAAAACACUGUCAACUGGAAACUUUUUUAUUACCACAGACUCAGCAGGAAGACACUGAAAACAACAGGCGCCAUCAAAACUCCAGCAUCGACUGUCAUCGAGACAGACAGCUAAACUUCAGCUCUUCAGUGGUAGAGAUGUGGAGGGGCGACGUCCCCUAAACCAGGAAUCCAUUACAAAAUGCCCACAGUUUCUUACUGGAACGCAACGUCAUACACCCACUAAAAAGGGGAUCAAUUUCAUGAACAUCUGCAUUUACGCUUCCCAAAAAAAAAAAAACAUUUAUCUUUGCAUUGUUGGCGCCUCAUAUGUAUAUACCCCCAUCCUGUUUCCUUCUAUCUGUUUGUGCUUUUCCAAAAUGUUUUUCAUUUUAUUUAUAUGCCAGUUGGUAUCACAAAGGUUGGCUAUUUUUAAUUACGUGUGCAUAAUUCUUCUGCUUGCACUUUCGAGAUUGCAAGAAAUAUUUACAGAUGUAAAUAAACUAUAUGACUUGUGAAA